AUUUUAUAUCCUUCACCUUGACGCGAGGAAAGCCUCCGAGCUCGAGGCGACAUCUCACCUCCUCGGCCGCCGGCCAUGGCGACAAUCUCCGCGACUCUCUCCAUCUCCUUCCUCCCUUCAUCAAUUCGCUUCGCCGUCGCCACCACCUCCACCUCCACUACCUCCUCCUCCUCCUCCUGGCGUAUCAAGCGACCCGCGCGGUUCAGAUGCUGCGCGGAGCCCUCUUCACCGGAGCAGGAGAACCCCUCGACUCCGGCCCCGCCACCAGUGAAGCCUCCUGCGUCGCCGUCGUCCCUGUGGGGCAUUUCCACGAGCACCUGGUCUGCGGGUGUCGCCGGGCUGGGGUUUCUGGAGACCGCCUACCUCAGUUAUAUCAAGCUCACGGGCUCCGAGGCGUUCUGCCCGGUUAGCGGCGGGGGCUGCGGCGACGUGCUCCAAAGCGACUACUCUGUCGUCUUCGGGAUUCCUCUUCCACUACUUGGUCUGGUGGCAUAUGGUUUGGUUUUAACGCUCUCUCUUCAAGAAAAUGGGAAGAAGUUCCUCCCUGGAAUUGAUGAUCUGGAUAUUCGUUUAACAUUACUUCUGAUCUCUACUUCAAUGGCCACUGCAAGUUCUUAUUUCCUAUAUAUUCUAAACACUAGAUUUAUUGGGACGUCUUGUUCAUACUGCUUGUUGUCUGCAUUUCUCUCCUUCACUUUAUUUUCCAUCAGAGUUAAGGACCUCGGUUUGGAACGUGUCCAGAAGUUUGUUGGUCUUCAAUUAUCAGUAGCAAUUAUUGUUGCUCUUGCUCUGACAAAUUCCUACAGUUCAGCUACAACACAGUUAAACGGCACAGAUGAUUUUGUUUUAGAACGAUAUGAUACAGAGAUAACAACCGAAUCAACCCCAUUUGCUAUUGCACUUGCAAAACAUUUGCACUCUGUUGGCGCUAAGAUGUAUGGAGCAUUCUGGUGUUCUCAUUGUAACGAACAAAAACAGAUUUUUGGUCGAGAAGCUACAAAAAUUCUGGACUAUGUUGAAUGUUUUCCUAAUGGAGCUGGCAAGGGAAAGAAAAUGGCUCCUGAAUGUGCAGCUGCUGGUAUAGAAGGUUUUCCGACAUGGAUUAUCAACGGCAAGGUUUUGGGUGGCGACCAGGAACUUCCAAUCCUUGCUGAAGAAUCUGGUUUCACUGUUGAGGGAACCGAGCAAUCAUAAGGUCAGACACGAGAGCAAGUUUCAUUCAAUUGAAGGCGAGUGUUUUAUGGUUUUAGUGAAGAACUCAGGUUGUGAAGGCUGACUACAACAAUUCCGCAUGACAUACCGUCACACCGAGGGAAGGUUUUCGUUCCACGGUUGCAUAGCCUACCUAAUACAGCCCCUAACCACUGUAAUAAUCAGUAAAAGCUGCUCUUCUCUCAUACGGAGAUUGGGAGAUGAUAGAAGAAGCCCAAAUGAGAGGUGUUGUAUAAUCAUUUUGUAGUAUGUAGAUUGUGAUGUAAAAUGUAAAAGGGCGCAUUGCUUCUCUUCCUAGGUACAUAAUGUAAUGUAUAAUACCUUGCAAUGUGAUAUUUGUACAGAAAAGUGUAUUGUUCAGUCUUUUACCCUCGGAUAAAGGCAGUUAAUGAGUAGCCAGUUGACGAGAAUCUAAAGAAGUGUUUA